UGAUUGGAUUGACUGAUCAAAUGCAAAGCAAGUGCUCUCACGGAGCGGAUGUUAUUGAUUUCACGUGAAGGAUUGAGCUGGAGUCUGUUUCCGGUGUACUGAGACCACGUGUGUGUGAUUCUCUCACAGCAGAACAAACCAGCACUGAACAUGCAGGACCCAAACGCAGACACUGAGUGGAAUGACAUCCUGAGGAGGAAAGGCAUUCUGCCACCUAAAGAAACACCGCAGGAGGAUGAAGAGGAGGAGCAGCUUCAUCAACAGCUGUCUGUGGUGAAAACGUAUGAGAGUAUGACACUAGAGGAGCUGGAGGAGAAUGAAGAUGAGUUUAAUGAUGAAGAUGAGCUCGCAAUGGAGAUGUACAGACAGAAGCGGCUUGCAGAGUGGAAAGCAAAUCAAAUAAAGAAUGUGUUUGGGGAAGUGACUGAAAUAUCCGCUCAGGAUUAUAUCCAGGAAGUGAAUAAAGCUGGAGACGGGAUCUGGGUGGUGCUGCACCUCUACAAACAGGGCAUCCCGCUGUGCACGCUGAUAAACCAGCACCUGUCACAACUGGCCCGCAAGUUUCCUCAAACCAAGUUCCUCAAGUCUAUCUCCUCCACCUGCAUUCCCAACUACCCCGACCGGAACCUUCCCACUGUGUUCGUGUACCACGAGGGCGAGAUGAAGGCGCAGUUCAUUGGCCCUCUUGUGUUUGGUGGCAUGAAUCUCAAGUGUGAUGAGCUGGAGUGGCGUUUAUCUGAAUCAGGAGCUGUGAAGACGGAACUGGAGGAAAACCCCAGGAAACAGAUCCAGGAUCAGCUGAUGACAUCCAUCCGCUGUUCUGAACCCAAACGCAGAGACGGUGAUGAAGACUCUGAUGAAGACUGAAUCUGCACACUGAGAUUAUAUAUGUAGCUUCUAUAUGUCGACCGCUGCACGUAAAGAAAGACUUUCCAGCUCUCGGACGUUUCACAGUUAUAGUCUCUGCCAUAUUAAAGACACGUCUUCUCUCUAGCGUUCAGUUUCUCAAGGUGACUGUGAAUGGGGAUGACGUCUCUCUGAAACAAUGACUUUAACCUGCCAUCAUUAUAUUAUUUAACUUAAGUGCCACAUUUGCAUCCUUUUGUUUAAUAUAAGAUUUAUAAUAAUAACCUUUGUGAGUUUAGUCCUUGCCAUCACUUAUUAUAUAAAACACUGAUUUUAAUACGUU